CUACAGCCAGCAAGCUGGAUGUCUCCAUGCCAGCGGUGGUCGAAGUGGAGAGCGGGGGCAUGGCCAGGAUCGAGUGCAACUUCUACAUCCCUGGAAACGGUUCCUACACCUACAUCAACUGGUUCUAUGUGAAUCGACCGCAACAACUGGGUGAAGCUGUGCCACAUCACGGCAGCGAGGUCCUGGAGGAGAACACAGACUACAAGGGGCGGCUGUCAGUGGGGGAGGACAAGGCCCUCUCCAUCAGCAGGGUGACGGUGCAGGACACCAGGACCUUCGUGUGCCAGGUCGGGGCAGGCAGCCAUGGCGUGGGCGAGAACCGCACUGAGCUCCAUGUCUACAAGGUCCCCGAGGCCCCUGAGAUCACGGCCAACCCAGGAGGCAUCUCCGUGCAGAGCAGUGACAUCCCGCAGAUUGCUCAGUGCGUGAGCAGGAACAGCUUCCCACCCCCCAACAUCACGUGGCACAAGAAUGGGGAGCAGCUGCAGUCGGAGGAGAAGAUGGUGAAGAUCCUGGCCACGCUGACCCGUGAGUCGAGUGGGCUGUACACGGUGAGCAGCACCCUCUUCGCCCACGUCACCCGGGAGGACCGCAACUCCUUCUACCACUGCACCGUGCACUACUGGCUGCGGGGACAGAGGCGUGCUGUGGAGUCACGGCGAGUCAAUGUCACAGUCUUCUACCCCGCACAGCACGUGAAGCUGCAGGUCAUGCCGUCCUCGGCACUGGUGAAGGAAGGGGAUGAUGUGAAGCUGGUCUGCGAGGCCGAUGGGAACCCAGCACCCGUCUUCAGCUUCUAUAAGAGAGAGUUGGAGGACAGCUGGCAGGACCUGUCAUCACUGGCAGACACCAACAGUGGGGUGCUGAACCUGCACGAUGUGAAUAAGAGCAGCAGUGGUCUAUACAGAUGCCAGACCCUGGACUUGGAUGAUAUGAGACAGCUAGAGAAGGAUGUGGAGCUUGUUGUGAACUACAUUGAAGGGGUCCGUGUGAAGAUGGAGCCGUCCUCACCCCUUCAGGAAGGGGAUAGUGUGAGGCUGAGCUGCGAUGCGCACAGCCCCGUGGCUCUGGACUACCAGUGGAGGGAUGAGAAGGGCAGGAAGGUCGCAGAAGGGAACCAGCUUGUCCUGAGCAACCUUACCUUCGAAACCUCCAGCAACUUCAGCUGCAAGGUGAUUGCACGAAGUGUGCCGGGGCUGGAACAGAGCAAGCAGGUGGCCGUGGCCGUUCAGGGGAAGCCGCGGAUAGUUGCCAUCAGCUCCCCGCUGUACGUGCGGCAGGACGAGGUGGUGAACCUGACGUGCAAGGCCAUUGCCUUCCCCAGGCCCUCUGUCCACUGGAAUAUCAACGGGACGGCUCAUGAGUACGUUGAAGAUCAGCACGUCGCCAGCAACCUGACAGUGCGCGUGAACCACGACCUCCUGCGGGCGGGAGCCAUGUGCAGGGUCUCCAACGCACUGGGUGUCAGUGAGAAGCACAUCCAGCUGCUGGAUCAAAAGACACCAGAGAGCAAAGGGGUGAUCAUUGUGGCGAUCAUUGUCUGCGUUCUGGUGGUGGCUGUGCUGGGGUCUGUCAUCUACUUCCUGCACAAGAAAGGCAAGAUCCCGUGUGGCCGCGCUGGGAAACAGGACAUCACAAAGCCAGAGGCACGUAAAGACAAGAUUGUAGUUGAAGUUAAGUCAGAUAAACUUUCCGAAGAGGCGGGGCUCCUGCAGGGUGCCAACGGUGAGAAGAGACCUGCCGCUGACCAGGGAGGACACAGCGUU